UUAGGCUUUUGUUGAUCACACACGUACAGAUAAAUUUUCAGCGUAGUAAUUUUGGCAUUUAAUUAAGUCAACUCGCAGUUUCAUUCUCGCCUUCAAUCGUGUCGGACGCAAGCAACGCGAGUACGAAAGAGUAGCGCAAAGAGGAACGGCCAUUUUGACGCACGCACUGUGCGAUUACAAAAUAAGAAUAAAAAUACAAAUUAUAAAUACAUAAUACAGUAAUAUUUUCAAAAUUAUUGCACAAAAUUAUAAGUGAAGCAAAUCACAGAAAACGUGACCCAAUAUUUGGGCUAAAAGCAGAGGCGACAAUUAACAAAGCGUUCGCUGUUUUAUCUGUGAAUUAAGUGCAAGAAUUUUCCAUUGGCGGCGUUUCCUUUUCCUUUGUACGCAGCACGCGCUUUAUUUACCGUUCCGUUGUUCAGAUGAAGCUUUAACGAGGAUAACGAAAUCAAAAAAACAAAUAAGCUAAAAUGCUCGAGUCACCCACUUUUAUUGAGAAUAGUGAUUGUUAUGAUGGCAGCCGCAUUUUUACCUGGCUGGCCGACAUGGUUGGCCUGUCUGUUGAUUUGGUCAAUUUCUUAAUAUGCCAAGUAUCGGCGCUCUUCCUGGCCUCGCUCUUCCGUUCAUUUCUUCAUCCUUCGAAGGUGUCCUGCGAGGUGCGUCACGCCUUUGGACUGUCAUUGGGAUUGACCUUUGGCUAUUUUUGCUUUGGUCAACAGGCUAUUCAUAUCGCUGGAUUGCCCUUAAUAUGUUACAUUGUCAUACGCACACAGGAUCCACGGAUUGUCCAGAGGAGCGUCAUGCUGGUGGCCAUGGGUUACUUGCUGUGCGUGCAUCUGAUGCGACAGUUCUAUGACUACGGAUCCUAUGCACUGGACAUAACCGGACCACUGAUGAUCAUCACACAGAAGGUGACCAGUUUGGCGUUCAGCAUACACGAUGGUUUCGUGCGCCAGGAUGAGGACUUGACAAAGGCGCAACAAUAUCAUGCAAUUCGAAAAAUGCCCUCAGCUCUGGAAUAUUUCUCGUAUGUGUGGCAUUUCCAAAGCAUUAUGGCCGGCCCGUUGGUCUUCUACAAGGAUUACAUUGAAUUUGUCGAGGGCUACAAUCUAUUGAAGCGUCCGGCAUCAAAUGCCAAUCUGGACAAUGGGAAAUCGGAAUUGGUAUUGGAACCAUCGCCAACGAAAACAGUGAUACGUAAAGUUUUGGGCAGCAUGGUGUGUGCAUUCAUAUUCAUGAAGUUUGUGAAAAUCUAUCCAGUGAAGAAUAUGAAAGACGAUGACUUUAUCAAUGGCACAAGCAUACCCUAUAAGUUCUGGUAUGCCAUGAUGGCAACCACCUGCAUACGCUUUAAGUAUUAUCAUGCAUGGCUUUUGGCCGAUGCUAUAUGCAAUAAUUCUGGCUUGGGUUUCACCGGCUACGAUAAGGAUGGCAAUGCCAAAUGGGAUCUAAUAUCAAAUAUUAAUGUGCUCUCAUUCGAGUUUGCCUCAAAUAUGCGCGAUGCAAUUAACAAUUGGAACUGCGGCACAAAUCGCUGGCUCCGCACACUCGUCUAUGAGCGUGUGCCCAAAAAGUAUGGCACACUGUUGACCUUCGCACUGAGUGCCGUGUGGCAUGGUUUCUAUCCGGGUUACUAUUUGACCUUUGCCACGGGCGCCGUUAUGGUUACAGCAGCACGUUUCGCACGUCGCAUGUUCCGUCAUCGCUUCCAGAGCACACAAGUUACGCGCAUGUUCUACGACAUUCUUACCUGCAUCACCACACGCAUUGUGAUGGGCUACGCCACAUUCCCAUUUGUUCUGCUUGAAUUUAUGGGCAGCAUCAAAUUGUACCUGAGAUUUUAUUUGUGCCUUCAUUUAAUUUCACUAGUGACCAUAUUUAUAUUACCAAAAUUCAUACGGGGUGAGCCGCGUUCACAACGUUCCAGCCGGAAUUCCGCCGGAACGGAUGUGAAGGCUAACAAUUGCGAUGGCAAGAUUACGGCUAAUGCUAAUGCUGAUCAGCCGCUGGCGUUGGCCAACACCAAUGAUCUCAAUGCUGAAGAGGAGGAGGAGGGUGAGGAUAGUAAGCUCGCUAAACGUAAUGACACAAUGCCACAGCAACAACAACAACCACAACAAACGCUACAAUACAAUCUGCAACAGAGUCAGUCACAGCAUAAUGAUAAACUCCAACCACGCCCACAGCAACCGCAAAGUCCAAAAUUGGCACGACAACAACAAGCAAUAAUAACUUGCGCUCGAGACGCGAUCACAGUGCCACACGAUCAAUGCGAAAUGGAUCAAUUGUCGAGCAAGCUGAAGGAGAAAAUUGAAGCGGAAACCAAAAAUAUUGAGGAAUUUAUUGAUAAGACUGUUACCGAAACUGUUAGCGGCAUCGUUGAGUUCAAAAACGAUCUGAUGCGCGACAUUGAGUUUCCCAAACUGAAGCUAGCCGCCGGCACAGUGAGCAGUGGUGCCGCCAAUUUGGUGGAUGCCGCUGCUGCCGGUCUACGCAAACGCAACAUAUCCUCCACUGUCCACGAUAGUAACAGCAACAACACUGGCACUGCCACCACUGACCAUGCCCCGGAGGAGAACAGUGGUGCAUUCUUAAAGAAGGAAAUCGAUGUGAUCAAUGCCGUCGUCCAGCAGGCGAAUGUAUUGCCUGCUGUGCUUAGCAAUGGACAUGCCAAAUAGUAGCUGGGCAAUGUAUUCAAACGGCAGCUGCAAUAAACUGGACAAUUUGAAUUGAAACGGCUGGGACAAAUGGAAGGGUUCAACAGAGGGAGUAGGUGCUGCUGCACACACACAUACAAACACACACACACACA